AUGACCAGACAGUCAUCGUCGCAGUCGCACAUCUCGCAGUCGCCGUCUGAGGGCCCUCAUCGCUCAGCUCAUCACAAGAGCCAGCGCCAUCAUGUUGUCGGCCAACGCGUGCAGAGGAAUACGUCUUUCGGCAAGAAUCUCAACAAGAUGAACAAAGCCGAGAAGCAGGCGCUACAGGGCGCAGAAAACACGGGGCGACACCACCGUCGCUCUCAGUCGGGCAGUUCGGUUUCGGCGCCCAGCAGCCCGCACGCGCGUCCAGGUUUCAAACGUCAUGCGUCAUCUGGUGCCAUUGUGAGAGCAAACAAUCAGCAAGCGAACUUGCGCAGAAACCACUCUAGUGGACAUUUGCCGCCGCGGCAAGGGCAUGCGAAACACGCGCCGAAGUCCUCAAAGAACGAAAGCGCUGCUUCCAAGCGUGCGCUCGCAACUCCCACUCGAUCUCGGCAAAGUUCGCCGGAGCCGCACGCUGCGGUUCACUUUGAUAUGCCCAACGACGAUGAGGAGGAAGGCGGGUGGACCGAAGAGAGCGCAUCGCAGUCACCUACUACUACCCGGUCGAACACACGCUCCAACUCGGUCAUACUCGAAGCACAACAUAGAGCGGCGGAGAUCAACAUGGAGAAGAAUAGAGGAGAGCCAACACAGCAGGCAGGCACAACUCGAGAGGCGCCCAGCCAGGCGGCUCAGACGCUUACCGAUCGCACGCGCAGCAACACGCAAACGAAUGGCGGGAGUUCUUACCAACAUUCCCGCCCUCCAGAUGCCGACAUGAUCACUUCGCGACUAUUACAGCGUAGCUCCUCGCAUCACCUUCCUCCUCAGACAUCGUCAGUCGCCGCGACCGUCGUAUCAUCCUCCGACCGUCACAACCUGCUCAGUCAUACAGCUGGAUCCGUUGGGUCUACGCUGGUAGACACACCGGGACAUAAUCUGGUAUCACGCUUCAUGGACGGAGACGGUUCCGCUGGGACACCUCACGAUGGUGCAUACAUGGCCGGGCAUGGCCUCAAGGACGAUACCGAGGGAGGUGAACUUGACAAGAGCAAGCGCAACAAGUCGAUGCCAAACUUCAACGGCGGCGCAGACACGCCAUUAAAGACACCUCAGCGCUCUGGCACAACCACACCCACUAAUCUGCCCCCCUCACGGACACAGCAGAAACUCAUGCUCCAACGUGCGUCGUCCAACAUUGAGCCGCAGAAGCUCGUUCCCGUAACGCUGCCCCGCACGGGCGGUCCCACAUACCUUCAGUCCAGCAUCCACUACAACGGCAAUGGCGAGGGACGCCUCGAUCCCCGUCUGCAGCAGCAGUUCAACCACGUCGCGGUCGAGUACAACGUAGUGCGAAGAUACCGCAACCCUAUCGCAGACGCACUUGCACGAAUUUACCAAACUCCUGGCAUGUCGCGAAAAACGCGCAUACCCAAGUCAUCGCACGGCGCAAACGGCCUCACAACAAGCGCCAGCAGCCUAAGCACAAGUUUCAAUGAAAGCGGCGUUGAAACAGAUGGGGCAAGCUCGCGGAGAUCGCGAGUCAGUUUCGAAAACAACGAUGCAGGGCGCGGCAGGACUAGUCGCGACGAGAAUGACUUUGAAGGCGGAGGACACAGUUUUGAGAGCGACCAAGCGCGUAGCCGAAACGAAGCUGAGGAGAUCUGUCGUCGCUUGUGGGAGAGCGCUGAAGUGGUCGAAGCCGAUUGA